AUGCCAGGACGGCGAGACAGGUUUUCCGGCAACAUACUCCUAUACGACUACCUGUCAAGAAAACGAGCACCAAUCUUCCUAGAUCGGAAUCUCACACAGAUCCUGGAUGCCCACGAGGAUCUGUUGAAGGGGGGUGAUAGUAGCAGCUGUAGAACCCCAGAUUUCGACUUUCGUUCCCAGUGGGAGCCCCCAUCCAGCGACCAACUGGAGAAGAUGAUGGCUCAAGAGAAUUACAAAGGUUCUUUUGUGCUUGAAGUGCACGCCAUCAACUCGCAUAAUGGCCAGACGACUGCACAUACAGACCGUGAUCAUAACCCUGCCAACAAAGUCCGGGUCUUGAUGCGGUUAAACAGUUCAAUCAGAAUCUCGAUCAUUCCGCCGUCUGAUGGACCUGCCACGCGCUCUUUUGUGCGUGAGGCUGUACUGAAAGGUGCAGAUAGAAAUCAGCAAAAAGCCUCGGUUGAAACCAGUCCCAUCAUCCUGAAGCCUAGAGAUUUCUCGGCCGAACCAGGAAAGAUUAGCAUCGACGACAUGUAUAGGAUGAUUCUAAGCGUCAACUUUGCAAGUCAAGUGGACGCACAAGAGCUAUACAACUAUCUUGGGCUCACAGAGGAAACAGCUACACACCUGUCGACCUCUUAUCCCAACAUCCUCGAGUGUCCACCAGAUAAGAUCAGUCUGCCGUUGAAAGCAGCUGGAAAGCCACUCGGAAUAAGUAUACAGAUAAGCUUGUACUGGAACAGCACUGGACUUGGCGACUCAAUCCUCGCAAAUCAUAAUCGUAACCUCAGAAGUGCCACAGAGCCACAGAGUUCAUACCCUACCCCACCACGCGAUCUGCUACCGCGAUACAAACUGGCCUAUGUCUACGGAAACGAGACUCUCGAGCGAUCAGACCUCGUCUGUUUGCAUUGCUCUAGAGGGAAGAAACUUAAAGAGAUCCGCGAUCUUGAAAUGCAUCUCAACGCCUGGCACGACAAUUUCGCCUACCAGCUCGUCUCAGCAGGAACUGAUGCAAACGGCAUUGCGCACUGGCGAUUCGUCAGUGAAGUCGCCGACUCAAAAGCUGACCAAAGAGCAAGCGGUCGCGCCGACGAACCCCGCGAUGUACGCGUGCUCGCCCCGGACCGUCCCUUCGACAAACGCCGUUUUCUCGAUGGUGAUGACACCUACCAACGAGCCGCCCGAGUAGAAAAGAAUCUAAAAUACCCUAAGAGGAAGCAAUUAACCGAUAUCCUCCCAUCUCCCGCCCCACGCCAACGCAAACCCCCAAACGCGAUACAGGAACGACCCCCCAAACACAAGAAAACAUUCAUCGUCCCCAAAGCACCGCGGGGUAUCACCUUCUUCCGCUCCCUCAGCAAGCGCCCGCUGCAGCCCGGCGAAUCCAUCAGCGAAAGCGACGACGAACUCGACGAGUCAUGGAUGUACCUACGCAAACACGCAGAAAUAGACAAAUACAACCUAUCACCACCUGCCCGCCACUUCCUCAAACUUUUCGACGACUUCAUGCAUGGGGAGAGUCUUCACGCUGAUAUCCACGCUGGCGACGCCAUCAUCCGCUUUGCGCGUCGUGGAAAUCCCACGUGGAACGAGGAUUUGAUCCACGAGUUUGCUAGGAAGCUAAAGGAGUUGCUGGAAGAUGAUGUUAUUUCCAAGGAAAUCCACGACGCGGCUAUUGAGAUUGUGGAGGCGCAGAAGAAGACGAGUAGUAGUGUUAAUAAUGACGGCAGUAGUAAUGAGCUCUCGCGGCGCCUAGAGGAACUCAAUGUACAGCGGGGCGAGGAUACUGAGCCGCCAUACGACAAAUGCUACUGCGGCGGAGAUGCGGCGGUGAAUCCGGAGAUGGAGGGUAUAGUUGCUUGUAGCAAUAUUGUAAGCCUGUCAUAUCCCAAGGGCAAUGCGGACGAAAAAGCUAAUGUACGACCAGGAUUGUAUACGCCGUGUUUUUCAUCACGCAUGCAUACAAAAGCACUCUAA